AUGCAGCUCUUUGCCAAAAACAUACCCCUGGACACGGACCCUCGCAGCUUCAGACGACGUAUUGCAAAGGAGCUCUUCAUUUACAAUGGCGAGCGCAUCCCCUUUCGUGUCACAUUAAACAUGAACAAGUUUAGGCGGCAAGCCGGUCGCAUUGAUCAAAAGGGACGAGGCGUAUCGACUGCAAGGCUCGUACUCCCGGACGAAGGCCCCAAUUUCGUCUUUUUUGUCGAGGACCGCUUCUUCCGACAGCGUUUCACAUACCGAAAAACCGUCAUCUCCUUUGCUUAUGACCGAUUCGGCGACUUCAUGGCAGAACGCUCCCUUGGUCUCAUGCUCAAAGAGGAGAUUCUCAGCGACUACGGCGACGAUGACGACGGCUCGCGCGCAUUCUCCCUAAAGAGCGUCGGCUCCGGGGCCUGGGAUGGAAUGGGUCGAUACCUCGAGCUUUGGAGGUCGUCGCCGCUCGACAGGCCUGUGCCUCCGACCAAUACAAUACUUUCCCUCGAGAUGCACAUGGAUUCUGCCCAGCUUGAAGUCCGCAUAGAUCAUGGCUCCGUCUUCUUCACCUUCUCCAGCAUCAUGCCGUCGAUCUUCGACAGGAACAGCCUCACUCUCUUUCUCGUCAUCGCCUCGCCUCCGACCUAUGUUCAGACGCACGAUACUCGGACAGUGCAGCAGGAGGUGAUACGUGAUGGCCGACGCUAUAUUGAAAAGCGAAUCAGCAAGAGCAAAUUGGAUCCCCCUCGGCGCCAAGUCGGCCUAGGCCUAGACGCCUGCAAAGAGAUGCAGAGCCUGUCCUGGGUAUAUGCUCUCAGCUUCACCUCGAUCCAAGACUAUGCUCGAUUCAUGCCCCUGUGGUUGCGCCGCUUCGCCGAGCCAGACAUGAUCAGGGUCCUUGGCGUCCGUGAUAAUGGAGCAAUUCGCGCGGCCGUCAAGAGCGAUCUCGAACUUCUUCUGAAAAGGCUGCCCUUCGAAGUCGCCUUUCAAGCUCAGGCUCUUGUUGCCAGCUGGCAUCUAUUGCCUCACGAGCUGCUGGCGCUCGAGGACACAAUCAUGAUGCUAGACCCUCCCGUUGCCGUCGAGCGACUGAAAAGCCUAAAAUCAACUCUCGGCUGGCGCGACCCGCUGGAUAGCUUGUCACUCUUCACUGUGGAAAGCAUCAAGGCCAGGCUGCUUGAAGGGCAGAAGCUGGAAGACGGCUCGACGCAGACCAACGAUCUGGUCUUGCAGUACUUUCUCCAAGCGGCAAAACGGCAGCAGGAGAUGUCGUCAGAAGAGCGCAUUCUCAUCCAUAGCGUCAAGCUCACGCCCAUGGGCAUGAUGCUCGAGGGACCGUACGAGGAGGUUGGCGGCAACCGUGUCAUUCGCGAGUACCCCGGCACGAAUGACCACUACCUCCGCGUCUCCAUCUGCGACGAGGACGGUGGCUUCCUUCGCGACAACAAUGGCAUGCUCAACAUCGAAGACGUCCUUUACCGCCGAUUUGAGGACGUGCUGCGCCAAGGUAUCACAGUGGGAGGCAGGCGCUGGGACUUUCUGGCGUUCAGCUCCAGCCAGCUCAGGGCUCACAGCUGCUGGUUCGUCCGCUCGCUAUUCUUAUACGAAGGCAAGCAGAUCACUGCUCAGGGCAUCCGUAACAGUAUCGGAGACCUCGAUCGCAUCCGUUGCCCCCCUCGCUUUGCUGCGCGUCUUGGUCAGGCUUUUACCACCACUCUCUACGGCGUAGACAUUGAGGAGUCCACCGUUAGAAUCAUACCCGACAUUAAGGCCAGGUAUGGCGGCUAUAUUUUUUCAGAUGGUGUAGGCACCAUCAGCCGGGAAGUCGUCGACAUGCUCAAUGCAGCCUUCAAGAUCCGGAAUCCCAAUGCCAAAAAGGAUGCCAAGGAUCCUUGUUCGGUCUUUCAGGUUCGAAUCGGUGGAGCAAAGGGCGUCCUUGCUCUCGACACGAGGCUCAAGGGCAGACAAGUCUGUCUGCGGCGUUCGAUGAUCAAGUUCGACGUGAAAGCAAAAGACACGAUAAAGAUUGAGAUUGCUGAACGAUGCUCCCGUCCACUUCCUCUAAGGCUUAAUAGGCCAUUGAUUCCUCUCCUCGAGAGCCUCGGCGUGCCUCAUCGCGCCUUCCAGCGGAUCCAAGCAAAAGCACUCGAGGCGAUCAAGACGGCCUCUUGCGAUGCAGCCGCUGCAGCCAAACUUCUCCGUGAAUACAAGCUCGGAGACUGCGUCCACCUUGGACGCACGCUCCGAGAGCUCAACGAUACCUUCGGUCUGUCGUUCAUCAAAGACGUGCCGUUCAUUCGCGAGGCUAUGAAGACGGCUAUGACGUUCGCCUUACGUCAGCUCAAAUAUACCCACCGCAUCCGCGUCGACGGUUCGUGCAGCCUAAUGGGCAUCAUGGACGAGACGGGCUUCCUUCAGGAAAAUCAGAUCUACGCCUGCGUGAUUCCAAAGGGUGGAAGUCGCACCUACCUCAAGGGCAAAUGCCUCGUCUUUCGCUCACCCACGCUUCACCCCGGCGAUGUCCAAUUCGCAGAAGCAGUGGGGAAGCUCGACGUCCAACACCCACUCUCAGCCUUGACCAAUUGCGUCAUCUUCUCGCAACACGGCGAACGGCCCCUGCCCUCGAAGCUCGCGGGCGGCGAUCUAGACGGAGAUUUGUACAACAUCUGCUUUGAAAGCAGUCUCUUUCCUGCGAAUACCUGCCAAGCUGCAGACUACACUCCCGUCAAGCCAGUCGAGAUCCAUCGGUCGGUCGAGGUCGACGAUAUCAUUGACUUCUUCCUCGAUCACACACAACAAAACAAGGUCGGCCUCAUCUCGACGCGCCACCUCGUUCUGUCUGAUCAGUCGCCGAAACGCGCGCUGGAUCCCGAUUGUCUCGUCCUCGCCGAACUGCACAGCACGGCCGUCGACUACCCCAAGACGGGACACUUCGUCGAGUUCGGAGAGAUUCCAAAGGCCCUUUCGAAGGAGAAGCCUGACUUCAUGGAAGACGAGUACAGGGUCGAGAACCGAGCAUCGUAUGGUUCAAAGGCCCCUCGGAUGUUCAAUGGCUACUACCCAAGCCAACGCGCACUCGGCAAACUGUUCCGGAACAUCGACGUGCCGAAGCUUCUCCACGAGUGGGGCCUUGGAAUUGAGAGCGCAAGAGACGGAUAUGCGGGCAGCAAAGCCAACCAAAAAUGGCAAGGCAAGCUUCUUGUCGCGCUUGAGCCCGCGGACAACGAAUGGAUGGCGACGUAUGAGUCCCACCGCAAGCUCGUGGGCCACUACUACGACUAUGCAGCCAUCAUUUCCAACGAGGUGGUGCUGAGCAGCCGGAGGAACGCCUUGACGGAAGCAGAGACCUUUCUGACUUGCGUCAUUGGCAAGUCGCCCGUCAGGGGCAGUGUCAAGGCGUCUGACAUGGCGGAGGCGGUGCGCGAGCGGCUGAGAACGCUCGUUCGACAGUUGCUCACGGCGGCCAUUGCGAAUUCAAAGAGCGCAAAGGUCAAACAGGAAGCGCCGAGCAGCAGGACCCUGGGCAAGAGCACGAUGCCUGGGGGGGCAGAGAAAGGUGGAGUUGAAGAGGCUGUAGACUACAACGAGCUUGCAGCAAAGCUGUGCUUGGAUGAAGACGAUGACACCCAAGCGCCUUACGUGGAAGUCAAAGGCGUAUUCGAGAUCGACCUCGAAGAUGCUGAGGAUGCAAGAUCAGUCAUCACCCAGGGCGAAUCCGACGAUGAAUACUGGAAGGAUAUCAAAAGUGACGAUUUAGCCUCCACGACGGAUGAGACGACGACGGAGUUUUACGAGGAAGAUGACGCGAGUGGAGAAAGAGCCGCCGAGAGGGAGAAGCGCAAGAUGAAGGAGAGGUACUACAGCCUCUACUCCCUCUUUCGAGCAGCGGUAGAUACGCAACAGCCAGAGCGGUGCAGUGCGCCUUGGGUCGUCUUCCCAAGGCUUGUCGCGGCGUGGAGAGAGCACCGGCUUGCGUCGGCUUCGCCUUAG